AUGAUUAUUGCUCAUGUCCUAACCAGCAUCCUGAAGCACAAGGAGAUGUUCCAAAUGAUCAAAGUAAUGGCCUACCUGCCGGCCGAAGGUCACAACACAGAUGGCUUUGACUGCAGUACUACGGAUCUUACCAUUCAAAAUAGGGAUCCAUCGACUCGAACGUUAUCGUCUCUGGCAACACCAUCAUUGAAAAGCCUUAUUGAUAUGACGACUGCGGUCAGUGAUCAGGCACUUCGUAUCAAGACCAAAGCUUUAGCCACGAAUAGUACAGUCACCAAUAUCACCUACUCGGUGGGUAGUGCGGUCUGA